AUGGCGUCCCGCAGAAACGGCGAUGAUGCGGACGGCGCUCCUUCGAAGCGACAGAAGACGACGAGCUCGACUUCGGGCGCCAGUCUGGACCCUCGGAACAAUCCAUACCUCGCACACAUGUACGAAAGCAACGGGCAUUCCAAUGGGUCCGCCACUCCCCCAUCCCGAACAGGCACACCUCUGGACAAGAUGCAGAGGCACUCCAGCACCGCAAAAGAAGCUGCCGCUGCCGAGGAUGGCGAGAUCAAUCCGUUCACCGGACGACCGUUCACACAGCGCUACAGAUCGAUAUUGAAGACCAGACGCAACCUGCCUGUGAACGCGCAGAGAGACGAGUUCCUCGGACUGUACCAGAAGUCACAGAUUCUCGUCUUUGUUGGUGAGACUGGUUCAGGCAAGACUACACAGAUCCCUCAGUUCGUCCUCUACGACGACAUGCCCCAGCGGGAAGGAAGGCUUGUGGCCUGCACGCAGCCUCGAAGAGUGGCAGCCAUGUCCGUUGCAGAGCGUGUGUCACACGAGAUGGAUGUCGAACUAGGCGAGGAGGUUGGAUACAGCAUUCGUUUCGAGGACAUGACGGGUCCGAAGACGAUAUUGAAGUACAUGACAGAUGGUAUGCUGCUCCGAGAAGCCAUGAACGACCCCGAUAUGAAUCGGUACAGCACCAUUAUACUCGAUGAGGCCCACGAGCGAACACUCGCCACUGACAUUUUGAUGGGACUGCUCAAGGAAGUGGUCAAGAGACGACCAGACCUGAAGUUGAUAAUCAUGUCUGCAACGCUCGAUGCUCAAAAGUUCCAGCGCUACUUCAAUAAUGCACCACUACUGGCCGUGCCCGGUCGAACACACCCAGUUGAGAUAUUCUACACACCUGAGGCAGAGAAUGACUAUGUCGAGGCCGCACUUCGCACAGUGUUUCAGAUCCAUGCAACAGAGCCUGAAGGCGACAUUCUGCUAUUCCUCACAGGUGAAGAAGAAAUCGAGGACGCUUGCCGCAAGAUCAGCUUGGAAGCCGACGAGAUGAUUCGGGAAGCUGACGCAGGAACGCUAAAGGUGUACCCAUUAUACGGCAGUCUGCCGCCUGCUCAUCAACAACGCAUCUUCGAGCCUCCGCCGCCCCCACGUGGGAAGAACAAGCGUCCUGGUAGGAAGUGUAUUGUAUCGACCAAUAUUGCCGAGACGUCGUUGACUAUUGAUGGUAUCGUCUACGUCGUGGAUCCUGGUUUCUCGAAACAGAAGGUGUACAAUCCUCGCAUUCGCGUGGAGUCCCUGCUCGUGUCACCUAUCUCGAAGGCGUCAGCGCAGCAGCGUGCUGGUCGUGCUGGACGUACCCGACCAGGAAAGUGCUUUCGCAUCUACACUGAAGAAGCCUUCAAGAAGGAGUUGAUAGAGCAAACAUAUCCCGAGCUUCUGCGAUCGAGUCUCUCCUCGACAGUGCUGGAACUCAAGAAGUUGGGAGUUGAGAACCUGGUAGACUUCGACUUGAUGGAUCCGCCAGCACCCGAAACGAUGAUGCGUGCGUUGGAGGAACUCAACUACCUGGCCUGUCUCGACGAUGACGGAAAUCUGACGCACUUAGGUAGAGUCGCCUCAGAAUUUCCCCUCGAUCCAGCUUUAGCAGUCAUGCUGAUCUCUUCGCCCGAGUUCUACUGCUCGAAUGAGAUUUUGAGCUUGACUGCGUUGCUUUCAGUUCCCCAAGUCUUCGUACGACCCGCGGCAGCCCGCAAACGAGCUGAUGAGAUGAAAGCACUGUUCGCACACCCAGACGGCGACCAUCUGACGAUGCUCAAUGUCUAUCAUGCUUUCAAGGGCGAUGAGGCACAAGCGAAUGUUCGACAGUGGUGUCACGACCAUUUCCUCAACCUCAGGAGUCUGCAAUCUGCCGACAAUGUUCGUCUCCAGCUCAAGCGCAUCAUGGAGCGCUCAGAGCUCGAGCUAGUGUCCACACCAUUCGAAGACAAGAAAUACUAUGAAAACAUCCGGAGAGCACUGGUGUCAGGCUUCUUCAUGCAGGUGGCUAAGCGAGAGGCGAACGGCAAGACUUACACGACCGUGAAGGACAACCAGACUGUUCUACUUCAUCCGAGCACAGUGCUAGGUCAGGAGUCUGAGUGGGUCAUCUACAACGAGUUUGUGCUUACGAGCAAGAACUACAUCAGAAAUGUCACGGGCAUACGAGGAGAGUGGUUGGCUGAGAUCGCGCCUAAUUACUACAACUUGGACGAGUUUCCGAAGGGUGAGAUGAAGACCGCUUUGAUGCGUAUUGCAGAGAGGGUGGCUAGGCGGCAGAAGAUGAAGGGUGGUCGCUAG